UUACUGCGUCUGGACUAAAUUCUUCGUAAGGCCUAUGCUAGAGCGAUUUAGAGUCGAUUCAGAGUCAUCUUCUUUAAAACUACUGACUUUGUUCUGACCAUUUUAGCCAAAAAUGGAUGAACGAGAGCAAGAACGAAAUGCAGUGAUAAAGAUAUGCUUUGAAAUGGGACUCAUGUACAAAGACAUAGUUACGAUUCUUGCCACAGAGUGUGGAAUUGUAAUUUCUUUCCGUCAUUUGAAAAGGCUGCUCAGACAGCAUGGCCUGUCAAGGAGAAAAAACUACAGUGACAUCGGUGAGGUUGUAGACUUUAUUCUAAAGCAGGUCGAGGGAUCGGGUCGUCUGCAUGGCUACCGAUGGAUGUUUGAAAAAUGUCGGGCACAUCAUAUCAAUUGUAAAAAGGAAGAUGUAAGGAUAAUCCUUGGAGUUGUCGACCCAGAAGGGACAACUCAGAGGAGAAGGAGAAGACUGAGGCGACGUCAGUAUUCAUCCAAAGGGCCAAACUUUUUGUGGCAUCUGGACAGCUACGACAAACUGAAAGCAUUUGGAAUAUGCAUUAAUGGCUGCAUCGAUGGGUUUUCCAGGAAAAUAAUGUGGAUGAACGCCUACCACACUUCAUCAGACCCGAAGGUGAUUGGAGGGUACUACAUAGAAAAGGUGUCAGACAUCGGAGGAUGUCCAUCUGUUGUACGUGGGGAUCUAGGUACCGAGAAUGGAUAUGUGCGUGACUUUCAAAGGUUCUUCCGUGAGGACGACGAAGAUGGCAUGGCGGGCAUUCGCAGUUAUCUAGAAGGUCCAAGCACCGCCAAUCAAAGGAUCGAGUACUGGUGGUCCUUCCUUCGAAGGGAGUGCAUGGAAUUUUGGAUCUAUUUUUUUCGCGAUUUGCAAGAUGACGGUGAUUUCAUUGGCAAUUUCGUAGAUGUCAAUCUCCUACGGUUUUGUUUCUUACAUCUUAUCCAGGCUGAGCUUGAUGAAGUGGUAGAUGUAUGGGAUCGGCAUCUCAUUAGACCAUCGAGGAACGUCCAAGCUCCUAGCGGCCGCCCAAACAUCAUGUUCAACUUGCCGUCUUUGUACACUACAAGAGAUUAUCUGCAUGGUGUGAGCCAGGAACGUAUGCAAGCAUGCAAAGAGGAAUGUGUUUUCAGAAAAACAAUACCAUGUGAUGAAGACAUCUUUGAACUCUGUUGCAUCGUGAUGAAUGAAGUUGGGUACGAGUAUCCAAGAGACCGACACGGUGCUCGACUUCUUUAUGUAGCUCUUCGACAUGAGAUAACACACUUGCUUAACAAUUAAUUCUGUCUGAAGGUGCAGCAGCUAUAGGUUCAAACCAACUUAACCAAGGAAUACAAACAAUGCCUGUUCAUGUGGGUGUGUUUUAAGUUUUUCCUUUUUGUUCUUCUUAAGGAAAUAAGCAUAGUCUAAUUGCCUUCUCGCCAAUCAUUGGUUUUGUACACAGUUUGACCUAGAUUAUCUGGCCACUAUCUGGCAAGGAAUUUUUUUUCCUCACUCUUUGCUUCAAGAUUGAGGGAAAGUUUCUUACUUUGUUUUAUUUAAAUUUUGUACAAACAAAAUGAAACAAGUCUGGAACAAAAGCUUGCCAUUUAAAUGUAUAAGUUUGUUCAUAUACCAGUUUAAUUAAGUAAUAGGAUAUGCUCUAUAUAGAGACAUGUUGUCUAGGACUUGUCUCUCAUAUAUGGCCAAAUCAAUUAUCUGGAUGAAGGCCGGUCCCGACCAGAUAACCGAGGUCGAACUAAAAUAAUUCAGCAAUGAGUCAAUGGAGGUUUACAUUUCAAAGUGAUGGACAAGUAUUGAUUUCUUGUAACUUUUUAUUGAAAGUAGAAAAAAAGAUUGACACAGAUCUCGGUACAAAAUCUAUAAGGACUACAUAGGCACUCUGUAGGCAUCUUAAGCAUUUUAUUGAAGUUUUUCAUACUCAACUUUCUUACUGCUUUGUUCGCCUUGGACAUAUUGUAAUUGUUCUGUUCAUGUCAUAUUACUACAUGUAAUUAAAUCAACUUGAUUAUCUUCCA